AUGGCGGAAUCCACCGAUCCAAGCAUGCUCGGGCUGCCUAAUACAUCUACCGAAGCCGACGCCAUAGAAGAGUCAGUCCGUCAACUUCUACCUACUGCAACUGAAGCUAUCGACCAUGUCGACCCCACUGCGACCCAAAACAGCGAGCCUGAUGAAAGUGACCAACAGCCGCCCUCAGUAAUCCCUUCAACCUCAACUGCCCACGUCAAACAGGUAGUGGUGCAUCGACCAGCAGACGUUGAUCGCCUGGAUUACUUUGCCUUUAGUCACAAUGCCGAUGCCUAUUGCCAUGGCGUGGAGGCCAAAUGGACAAAAGGCACUAUUCUCACCGUUGCGACCAAAGCAAACGCUGCAUCAGGCAGCGAUAGUGUGCAAAAGACUCCCAGUCUCGAGCCAACACCUGAGGAGCUUCACCAGACCCCUGAUCACCAUGGCGUCUAUGGCUUUCUUUGGGUCGGCAUGACCCCGAGCGAUGAGACCAUCGAGUCCCUGGCCGAAUCACCUGUUGAGGAUGCCACGGCAGACGCCAACGAUGACCAGAGCAAGGAUCCCAAGAAGAAAAAGCCCAAGCUGCAGGGAAAGAAGCAUAGGCGGGAUCUAACGGUGGCCAGUUCGACUGAUGAAGAGAUACGCAUUCUCCCGAAAGAUGAGAGUGCCUUGCGAGUUGUAGUCAACCUCAAAGGCAAGAACCUGUCCCUGCUGAAACUCAGCAACAGAGACAACACUUCAGGAACCUGCAUUUCAGAGAGUGUCAAGGCGGACAACGUUUUCUUUUUCCGUGCUUUUCGCAAAGAUGAUAUCAAAGGUGUGGGUGAGCGCCGCACCUUCUUCAAGGAAACAUUCAACAAACUGAGGGAUGCCAUGGAGAAAGAUGGCAACGAUGGUGUAGCGAAAGCUCUUAAGGCUAUGGCACGCGUUGCGGCUCCUUCAGGAGCCCCUAAGAAAAUCACUGCCACGUCCGGCGGUCAAAAACAACUGGCGAAAGCAAAUGAUAGCAAGAGCACUACCAAAAAUCCUCGUGCCCCCAAGUCUGACAAGGCGGACCCGCCACAAGCAACUGCCGCCAAGUCCGGCAAAGCAACUCAGGGUACUAAGAGAAAACAACCAGACAUUGACAGUUCUACAACGCAAUUGCAAGCAAACAAUGCAGCUUCCGCCAAAUCAAAGAAGCAAAAAAAGUUGACGACUUCCAAUCCGGCAUCGUCAACGGCUACAAAGGGCAAGGACACAGCCAAAACUAAAGCUCGACCUCCAACCGAGUCAGAAGACAACGCUAGCACCGCCGUUCUUGAUCAUGAAAUGGACCAGCAAUUAGGGAGACAAGCCACAGUGACUCAUAACAAUAAUGAAGUAGUCGAGCAACUCGGCAUUGUCCACAACGGCUAUCCCCUCUCUGCUCUUCCAGGCACACCGGACUCACCGGACUCCCUGCUUGGACCCGAAAAUAGCCAUACUGCAGUUGCCAGUCGUACGGCCAACGAUCACACUCAUUAUCUCUCGUCAACCUCAACCCUUCGUCCCACUGCCCCAUAUCCUGUCCCGACUUUAUCUGAAGCACGAAACAAACAUCAAAUAGAUCAAAUGAAUGAUGAGGCUCAGCUCAGGUUGCUGGAACAAAACGAGUUAGACCAAAACAAGAUUCAUCGGGGCAUUGAGGCUCGGAAGGCUCAGCAACAGCAUUCUUGGCAGCAACAUUCCCGUCCUUCACAAACGCGCCGUCAGUUGUCUAACCACCUCGGUCAGCCAUUGAGCCAAUUUUUUCAGCAGCCUGCUUUGAAGCAGCAGCCUCGUCCUCGACAGCAGAACUAUCCGCAGGCAAACCCAUUCUACGUGGAGCCGACCCAGCCGAUGCUACAACUACCGCAUCAGUUGGGUCAAUCCAACUCCAGGUACAUGCAGAACAUCCAGUCUUCCGGCGUACAGCUCCCCAAGGAAUACAAUACGGCAGGGGAACUCUUUACCCCUCUGGGCCGCGAAGUCAUUUCACUGGUAUCCAAGAUGGACUGCCACAGCGAAAGCAAUGUCAAUGUCAUCAAAUAUACCACCACAAUGCUUGGUCAACUUUCCAGCACUUCGAACUCGCCCAACAUGAUUUUCCAAUUGCGUCUCAGCCCGCCAGCUCCUGGCUUGGAUAUCAAAACCGCUAUUGACCCAUUGCUCUCGGAAUUUUCUAGUCUCUUCCCUGAGUUGGCGCAUGAUCUCAAUAGGGAAACCUUCACCAUUCUCCUGCACGCCCUCCGCGUCUCUGACAAGACAGUCGAGUAUAACAUGAUUCACCAGUUCAUAUAUGGCUUCACCCGCGAGCUGGCCAAGCAGCGUGCUGGCAAGGGCGAUCAGCAUGCCCUCAGUGCUGAGAAUCUAUCUCUAAUUGUUCAAGGCGCCAUCAACGUCGCCCGUGAUCUUUUGUACCAUCGCAAUAGCGUCCACAAGCGUGGAUUCCGAGAGGAACAGCAACGGCAAGCGGUGCAGACCAUGACAGUUGACGAAAUGGCUGACGACAACAGCCCUGGAUUGCCCCUUGGUCAUGGAGAAUACGACGACACUGAAGGUGAAGAGGGUGACUAUGAGGGUAUGGACAACUCCGCAUCCUACGCGCACACCAGUUUUGCGCCGAUAGACGAUGGAGAGGAGUUUGUUGACGAUGACUAG